CUUGCACAUACAAAGGAGAAACCUACCAGGAUGGUCAAACUUUCAAAGACGAUUGUAACGACUGCAAAUGUGACGAUGGAAAGGCCACGUGUUCUCAACGCGUUUGUCCCAGUCAUGAUUCGAAGAUUUACACUGUUGGGACCCGCCAAACAGGGACUGAUGUGGUUGCAUUCUUUGCUACUCUAAGCAACAACGUCAUGAAUCUUGGUGUUGGCCAAAAUGUGAAGUUUGAUCGCAUCAUUACAAACGUCGGCUCGGCAUAUAAUGAGCACGUCGGAGCAUUCGCUGCUCCGGUGUCCGGUGUGUACGUGUUCAUGUCAACACUUCUGUCUAACCAAGGACACAAUGCGCAUUUCCAACUGGUCCGCAAUGGAAAUUUUAUUUGUAAUAUGUAUGCUGGCGGAGUUGGUGCAUAUGGUGGCGGAAAUUACGAUACCAGCGCCGGCAGCUUUGUUUUGUAUCUCAACAAAGGCGAUGCUAUUGCCAUACACAAUCAGGACCCUGGGGAGAACCUCUAUGGAUACGAUCAAUCGUACUUCUCCGGGUUUCUUCUCAAAGAGUGGGAGCGAGAUUCGAAGAUUUACACAGUUGGAACCCGCCAUACAGGGACUGAUGUGGUUGCAUUCUUUGCUACUCUAAGCAACAACGUCAUGAAUCUUGGUGUUGGCCAAAAUGUGAAGUUUGAUCGCAUCAUUACCAACGUCGGCUCGGCAUAUAAUGAGCACGUCGGAGCAUUCGCUGCUCCGGUGUCCGGUGUGUACGUGUUCAUGUCAACACUUCUGUCUAACCAAGGACACAAUGCGCAUUUCCAACUGUUCCGCAAUGGAAAUUUUAUUUGUAAUAUGUAUGCUGGCGGAGUCGGUGCAUAUGGUGGCGGAAAUUACGAUACCAGCGCCGGCAGCUUUGUUUUGUAUCUCAACAAAGGCGAUGCUAUUGCCAUACACAAUCGGGACCCUGGGGAGAACCUCUAUGGAUACGAUCAAUCGUACUUCUCCGGGUUUCUUCUCAAAGAGUGGGAGCAAGAUUCGAAGAUUUACACAGUUGGGACCCGCCAUACAGGGACUGAUGUGGUUGCAUUCUUUGCUACUCUAGGCAACAACGUCAUGAAUCUUGGUGUUGGCCAAAAUGUGAAGUUUGAUCAAAUCAUUACCAACGUCGGCUCGGCAUAUAAUGAGCACGUCGGAGCAUUCGCUGCUCCGGUGUCCGGUGUGUACGUGUUCAUGUCAACACUUCUGUCUAACCAAGGACACAAUGCGCAUUUCCAACUGGUCCGCAAUGGAAAUUUUAUUUGUAAUAUGUAUGCUGGCGGAGUCGGUGCAUAUGGUGGCGGAAAUUACGAUACCAGCGCCGGCAGCUUUGUUUUGUGUCUCAACAAAGGCGAUGCUAUUUCCAUACACAAUCGGGACCCUGGGGAGAACCUCUAUGGAUACUAUCAAUCGUACUUCUCCGGGUUUCUUCUCAAAGAGUGGGAGCAAGAUCUAUCUAUUGUUGGCUAA